CCGAACGCGCACGCACGCGAACGUACCGGACGCACGCGCGAAACCGGGCGGGAACAUCGGGGCGACGACGGGCGCGCGCAAACGAGACAGAACGAGUGGGGGGCCGGGCGACGAAGAGGGCGCGCGCGCGUUACCGCCGCGUAUCGUCGCCGUCGACGCCGCCGCCACCGCGCGGGUGUUUCGCGCGUUCGCGUCUUACCGCCGGCGCGCGCACAGUCGGUCAACGAAAUAGAAAGUGGCCGUACGUCGUCCGUGCCGCACGCGCUACGCCGUACAAAAUUCAAACACACUACACACACACACACACACAUACACAUACACACACACACACUCCUCGCACACCUGUGACGAAGUACAAAUCGUUAUUAAAUUUAUUAUUGUUUAAAUUUAUUUUUCGUUGUUUUUUUUUUUUCGAAUCUCUACGAUUUAAGAAAAAAAAAAUCGUCCACGCGUUUUCUCCUAUCCGUACGAACGAUCGUCGCAAGUACGCAGCAGAUCUGUCGCGUGUUUUGUCGACGGAACACCAAUCGAAAACGCGAGAUACGUCCACGUAAGACUCCUCGAGUGCGUUUACAACACGUAACCGCUUACCGCUACUACUGCUACUACUACUACUAAUACCGACCCAAAGCAACUGUUUCUGCUACCGUCUCGCCCACCCGUCGGUCCGCGGACGCGCGGCAUGCGACCAUCGCCGUCCGUUGCACCCAGUGGCCGUCGUCGUCGUCAUUGAAUGGCUCCGCGCAGGAACGCAAUGGGUUUCAACGGUAUCGGGCACUUCGUCGACCUGUUCGGGCCAACCACCACCACGGCCGUCGAACAGCUGUUCCAGCACCAGACGCCGUUCCAGCUGCAUCACCAGCAACAGCAGCUCUACCAGGAGUGCUGCGUGCCCACGAGCGACUGCGUCAUGCGGUCCGCGCCCAUCAGGCCCGAAGACCCGCGGGCCGCCGACCUGUACGCCCGCGUGGUGUGCAGCGACGGUGGCUGCACCGCGGGCCGGUACAUGCACCGCGAGUGCUUCGAUGCGUGGGAACGCCUGGUGCUGGCGUACAUGAAGAACGCGGCGGCCUCGUACGCCAACGGCAACGGCGGCAGGCGCAUCAAGGACCUGUGGACGGUUAACGUGAACAACAACAACGUGGUCAACAUGAACCAGAAGGGCUACGAGAUGGCAUUCAAGGCGUGCGGCUGCCGGUGCGGCCGCGGAUACCUCAAGAAGGACUCGGAGUGGCCGUCGUCAGCCGCGCGCCGCCAGUCGUCCGGCAGCGGUGGUUGCACGGCCGAUGACGUCGUGGACGGCAACGUCGUCCAGGCGCACGCGGCCGUCACCGGCAAGAAGAAGAAGCGCCGGCAACAGCCCAAGCCCGCGGCCCUCGUCCAACCGUUGAUGACCAUGGCCGAUUACGCGGAGCUGCGGUUGCGCGCGGGCAGCCUGUCCGGCUCUUCAAACGGAUCCAGUUCACCCCUGACUGGCGGCACCAAUUCCACCAGCAGCAGCGUGUCACCGGCCCACUCCGGAUCGUUCGGCUCCGGCACCAGCACCUCCGGCUCCGGUGGCUCCUCCUCGUCCAAGAGGCGAAGCGGCGCGUCUACCGCCACCACCGCUGCCGCCGCUGGCUUCAAAGACGUUUUCGAAAGGCAAUCGUCCAUGAAUGGCAAUGGAAUAUUUUGUCGCCGUCUGGACUUCAGUACAUUUAACCGGCUACCUCGGAACAUGCUCAACUCCUAUCACGUAAAGAUCGAAGACGAAGGCAACCACGGCAACGACGAGACUAGAUCAUUCAUUCUGUCGUCUUUGGCGGCUCAAAAUCAAUCGCGUGUCAACUGCGUAUUGUGCUCGGAUGUAAUGUUGGUGUUCGACCGUUAUCCGUUGGUGGAUGGCACUUUCUUCCUCAGCCCCAAACAGUACAAUAAAAAUGCCGUCGAGGUGAAAAACGAAGGAAGAGUUUUGUUCCUUAACGCGGUCUGUAUGAAAUGUCUGGACGGCAAGGACGCCGACCGAAAACUCUGCUGUCGGUUCUGCGCCACCCAAUGGGACGGCUCUUCGCUCAUCAUGGGCACCAUGUACGCGUAUGACGUGUUCGCCGCCAUGCCGUGUUGCAACGAACGGCUCAAGUGCAACAGCUGCCAAAAAGCGUUGAUGAUGCCGCACCAGCGACUGAACUACUAUAGCGAUUACAGUCGCAAAGUCACUUGCCCGCACUGCGCUUCCGUCGAGUAUCACUUUGUCAAGCCGCUCGCGUUGCACUACACCAGGCAGUGGCCAUAACAUACGGCCUCGGCCCCGACCG